UUUUGUAUUAGUCUAUGAUCAAUGUCAUACGAAUACGUGUGAAAACGAUAAAAUCGAAAGAAAUUCGAAAUUGCUCAACAUAAACAUUAGAUAAUUAUUACAAUAAGCCAAAUUUCAUACGAUGGCCCUUACAGUAGAUAAGUUAAUCAACGAUGAAAGGUUUUCAGGUGAUAAUGUUUUCCAGUUUCUACUUUAUUUGCCGUUCGGUAUCCUGAUACUAGCACUAAGGAUAGUACUCGCACUAAUUUUGUGGGUAGCUUCAAUCAUAUUGCCAAAAAAAUCAGCAGUUGGGCAAGUGUUAUCUACUCUUGCGUGUUGGACGUUUGGAGUGUAUGUGAAGUUAAAGGGCAGUAAAGAUCCACGUUGUAGUGUGAUGGUAGCCAACUAUGUUUCUUGUCUGGACUCCUUGGCCACUGCUCAUGUUCUUGGCACAAUCAGUUUAAGAAAAUGGAAAGUGCCACCAUUUUUCGCAUCAACACUUGGAAUAAAGAAUGCCGCACAGUUUGUUCGGAAUUGUUCCAGGGAGCACUUUGCGGAGUCCCCCAGCAGGCCCGUGCUGCUGCAGCCGGAGGGAGGGCCCACCAAUGGCAAGGGAGUGCUGAAGUUCACCGAUUGGCCGUUCCAAAUCGGCAACAGGGUUCAGCCGGUCAGCAUAAAGGUAGAACGUAUGUACACAAACGUUACCGUCCACCGCGGCGACUCCCGCUCCCGUUUCCCGUGGGGCGACGCGUUCUGGUUCCUGUGCUCGCCGCUUACGGUGUUCUCGCUGCAACUGCUGCCCGCACUGGAGAGGGGCGACGAUGAUGAUGCGACCUUCGCGCAGAGAUUGAGGGAGUCCAUCGCUGAGUCGCUUGGCGUGGAAUCAUCCGAGUAUCGCUGGGAGCAACUGAACUCUCGGCCCACACGUCGCUCCCCGCCGCGGGAGUUGCAGAGACUCGCCGCGCAGGUCAAAGAUGUCCUGCCGAGUGUGCCAUUGCAGGAUAUCAUUCGGGAUUUGUCCGUGACCCGCAGCGUGGACGUGACCAUAACCAACCUGCUGGAGCGCGCGGCGCGGCGGCCGGCGCAGCGCCCGGCGCCGCCGCCGCCCGCCGCGUUCCCGAAAAGCGCCAAAGAGCGACAGCUCAGCUUCCAGGAGAGAAAAGCGCAAAUGAUAGCGGAAGCGAGGAAGGUGUAUAUAGAGAAACACGGCCUGAAUCUUGUUUGAGCGGUCGUACGUAAGUUGUUUACGAGUGUGUUGCAUUUAGAAUUUGUUUAUAUUGGUUGACGUGUUUUUUUUUUAGAAGUGUUGGUGUGAUUUCUUUUGUGGGCGAGGUUUUCUUAAAAAAAAAAACGUUGUUGAAAUGUCCUUAUAGGUAUAAGGUAUGAUUUCAAUUUACAACUUUUGAUUGGACUGAAUAAACUUCUUAUUGUUCUCGUUAGAAACUUGUCUCCUUUUUUUUAAUAAGUAUUUUUCGUGUUUUCUAUUUCAAGUUUUAAGUUGAAUUAAAAGUUGACUUCACAGUUAUUUGGUUUAUUCCACAUUUUUGUGUUCUAUAAUCACCUAAUGACAAAACACCUGGGCGACCAAAAUCCAAAACAGUCAAACUAUAAUUACUUGUUUUUUUUACAUCACCCGGAUAAUAAAAUUUAUUACAGUGUAAAUUUUUUAUUACUCUAAUUUUGAAAUGUUUAAUUAGUUAUAUUUAUUCGAUGCCCUUAUAAUCUUUGAGUUAUUCUAAAUGUAACACACUCAAAUGUAUGUAAGUACUAAAAGUACCUUGUUAGAAUGUAUCGAUAUAUUUUUGUAGCUUUUGGGAUGUGUCAAACGAAUAGUGUGUGUUAAAAUAUUGUACACUUGGUGUUUCAAUUCGAAAAUAUGUAGAAUAGCUAUUAUAUAUUGCUGUCCUUUAUUAACCGUACCAGUAAGACAAGGAUGGCUGUAGAAGAAGCAAGAUUUAAAUUUGUAACACCACUAGAUUAUCGUGCAAAUUUUUAAUGUAGAAAGUUAUAAUGUAACACUUGUUAAAUAUAAGACUAUUCAAUUCGGCAAGUGAAUUGCUCUUUUAAAAAUUGAACAAGUUUUCGUAACGCGAGGUUUAAAUAGAUUUAAUCCAUUUCAGUAUCGGCGUACCGUUCCAACUGUAUCAGUUAGACAAGGAUAGUCUUAUUUACAUUUGACAUUGGCUUGUGGUAAACAGCUGAAAUUUAAAUAAACUAUCCCUUAGGCAAUAUUUCGUUGUUAGUUUGGCUGGUAUAAACUAGCGAUGGACGAUUGUUGCAAAAUGUACAAUCGUCUGAAUCGAAAAUCGCGCAUUUGUGCAUUCGAUUGUCGAUUAAGUACUUAUUUUCUCAAAAUUCAAAUAACAUUCAACGUACGACUAACUACUAAUUGUGUCGCAUGCACGCACGCGUUGACGAGCGAGUUUACAUGUGCGCCCGCGCCGAUAUACGCCGCGUAUGCGUGUACGUGAUUAGUAAUAAAUACUACUUUUACUUAGUACUGAAAAAUAGCUAUUAAUAAAUUUAUUGAUAUCAUAGUUAUCUACUUUUGAUCGACUGCAUUGAACAAUAGAUUGAUUCGAUUACUUUUAGUAUAAAUCGCCCAUCGCUAGUGAUAAAAAUAUAUUCACUAUUGUUUUACACCUAAAAUAUCGCAUCUCAGUGUCUAAAAUAUGACCCCUAUUUUAAAUUUAAACAGCUCAGGUCGUAAGGAAAAAACGAGAGACAGUGAUAAAAUAUUUAUAUUUAUAUUGAUAAUAUAUAAACUUUAACAAGAAUAAUUUAUUUUUAAUAAUGAAACUCAAAUGAGUUUUAUCCGAUUAAUUAACUAAAAAAGUGACUAUUGCAUUGAUUAUAUUUAUUGAUUUAAUAAGUAGGACAAAAUGGGCAGAUUUUUUUUAAUGUCCUAUGCAUAUAAUUUGGCAUUUAUUCCUAAACUGAUGAUAAAAUUUGGACAGUAUAUUAGUGUAACUAUUUGAAUUGAAAUUCAAAAUCUGUGUAUAUUAAAUAAUUAUUUAAUGCAUAAAAAGGUUUGAUAACAGUAUCAAACCCUUUUAUUAAGACCUGACUGUACUUUGACUCCAGAUUGAAUGUUGGUAUUAGGCGCUAUUCGGUAUAGUGUUAGAACGUUCUAAUUUAACUGUUACUCCAAAUUGUAUAGAAAUUUAUAUUUUAGCUCGAUAUAGUAGUAAAAUUACGCGGGAUUUCCUAUAUGUUUGGGUAUCCAACGUAUGGAGUCAUAUUGCUGAUUUAUAUAAUUUGAGAUUACUUAUGAGCUCAUUUUGAAAAUAGAACAGCACGAUACAUUAUCAUCAUAUAUACAGAUGUAUAGGAGAGCGAAAGAGACAAAUCGUGUUAUUUGACAGCUGUCAAAAUAGGCUUGAUAUAACUUGUGUGACUUAUCUGACUCUAAUGGCCCGAACAGACCAAAAGCAGGUCAGUAGAAAUGCAGUUUCAAAAUGGCAGCGUUGUUUCUGACCUUAACUCCCGAUUUAUGGUCAUAAUAAUGACCCCGCGGGAUAUAAUACCUCCCUCGCAGCAUGCAACGCCUGACGCAGUUUUUAUCGCGCGAAAAUCUAACGCUGUUCCGUUCCACGUCAUAAUAAUAAGAGAAACAGCGAUUGUUUUUCGCGGGAUAAAAACGGCGCCGCGCGUACUGUUCUACGGGGGCAGGGCUGGAUAUGACAUAAAAUUACGAAUCAGUAUGCAGUAAUAUUUGUUUAUAUUAUCUGCGAGCUGAUCCCUUGACGAUGACGAAAGUAAGGUAAGCGAGAAAUAAUUGUUAUAUUUAAUAGCAAGUGGAGAUUCAGUACAUUUUAGUGGCAUCAGACCCAGUAAAUGUGUACGUAUUACUUACAAAAUAUUUCUUAAACAUGCGUUAGAAGGAACCGAAUGGUUUACUAAUUAUGUUUAUAAAGACUUUUAUCUCGAUAUUGGUAUUUUUAACACAGUUCUUUUGCUAUGUUUAUCUAUUUUAGUAGGUUUAAUGUGUUCUGCAAUUGAAGUUAUAUUUUGUAAUUAAAUAAUUUUCAGUAAUUUUCUAUGCAUAUUUCAUUUGAUAGGUAUUUUGUUCUGUGUCAUAUUCACCCAUGUUUUACAAUCGUGUGAAAAGUUAUAGAAUUACAAAACUUAGCAAUGUUGAAAUAUUAUUUUUUUUAAUAAUGGCAUCUUACAGGAUAAUGUCUCCCACUAUUUCUAUAUAAAGAAAAUUUAUGUUACAGCAACUUAUAACAAACUUUUAAUUUAUUAGCGAGAAUAAAUUAGUCCUGAGUUUUAACAAGUUUAUGUUAGUAGUUGAUGUAAUUAUACUUUCUAGUCUUUCUAUGAAGAGGCUCGCGUAUAUUGAAAUUAAUUAAAUUCGCUCCGAAAUAUUUGUUUCAUGAGUAUUAUCCCUUUGAAAAUAUGUUUACUAUUAUAGAAUCAUUAGAUUUCGCCGUAACGACUAUGUGGUAUAAUCAUAUACUAGUUUUAUUUAUGUUGUAACCAACAUUUCAAUGUUGUAACCAACAUUUCAAUAGUCAUCACUCACAUUCCUUUCAACAAAAAUGUGUAAUGUUUGAUUUAUCAAGUGAAACAUUGAACUCAAUAUGACUUUAUUUUGAAGUUACUUUAACGUAGCAUCUAUUCAAAUUUAAUUCAAGGAAUAUGUCUGGAAAAACUGGAAUUUUCCGACAUAUUGAGAAACUCUUUUAGAAUUCAGUUGACAUGCAAAAAAUUAAUAUUUAUCUACGAUCAAUAUACUGUAUGUCAUUACUUUAGAUCUCAUGUCAUUUAGGUACUAAAACAAUCAAUAUUAGAUCAUUUUGCUUGAGUGAUUGUGUCAAAAAAAUUAUAGGAAAAUAAAUAUUAGAUAAUCUUUAGGUAUCCUAAUUUUAUUUUAAAUCAUAUAUUUAGAAUACGAUAUGAAUGAUAAUUAAACACAUUUAUUGUAAAAACAUUAUAUAGGUUUAUCUUUCGAUAUGUUUGUGUUUAUCUUUCGAGAUACAUAUGUUUGCACGAAUUCAUUUUUAAAAUUUAUAUGUGAUUAAUAUUAUAGAAAGGAGAAUUUAUGGAAAUGCGAGAAUAUUGUUUAUAAGAAUUUCAAAGGUAUAAAUAAUUCCCGUUAAUCCCACUAGUCCCAUGGGACAAGUGACACUAACGAUAUGGUCCCAGUUCGGCAUAAGGUCUUUUUUUUCACCUUUGAAUUUAAUAACCCAUGUAAAUAAAGGAGACAUGUUAUAUUAUUCAUCUUGUGGAAUUUAAUCACCUAAAAUGCUGAUAUAACCUUUUAAUAAUAGAUUUAAAAUAAUGUCGAGAGAUUGUGGAGUGGAACUGCCAAACAGCUUCCUAUGUAGUUGUUCAGUUAAGUUUGUAAUUAAUUGAUGAAGAUUAUUAUUGAAAUAAAAAUUUUGUUUCACAAUUCGA